UGGGUAUUUUCACUGGAUGUGGUCACACCCUGCCUUUGUUUUGUUUUUUUGUUGAAGCAUAAACGCAUUUAAUUUAUUGGAAAACCCGGCCAAAAUCAUGUCCCACGCCGGCUAUAGCCAGCUGCCCAGUGGCAGCGACCAGGAUCGCAGGCAGGCACAGCUCUCGGCCAGCACCUAUGAUGUCCUGCAGCGGACGACGGACAGUAUCCAGCGGUCCAACCAGAUUGCCAUCGAAACGGAGACAAUGGGAGCGGAGGUGUUGGGUGAACUGGGAGAGCAGAGGGAAUCGCUGCUCCGCACAACCCGCCGUCUGGAGGACGCCGAUCAGGAUCUUUCCAAGUCGAGGGUCAUCAUCCGAAAGCUGGGCAGGGAGGUGCUCUACAACAAGAUCAUCCUGAUCCUCAUCAUUCUGCUGGAGGUGGGCAUUCUGGUCGGUCUGCUGGUGCUGAAGUUCGCUAAACUCUGAACAGCUGCCACAUUAUUCCAAAGUUAUAGCCACGAAUCGGGCGUGGGACUAUAAAUAUAUAUGUUUUUAUCGUUACAACUAAUUUGCCUUAGAUACGAAUAAGAUAUACCACAUGUAUGUAUAUAAAGUAUAUGAACAAAUAUAUAUGUACUCAUUUGUCUGAAGAA